AUGGCGUCGACAUACGAUGUCGGCACCAAAGCUUGGCAGCCCGAUGCAGCUGAGGGCUGGGUCGCCUCUGAGCUCGUGAGCAAGACCGAAGAUGGCUCAAGGUUUAAGCUGGAAUUCAAAUUGGAGAAUGGCGAGACGAAAACCAUUGAAGUCUCAGCCGAGGCGCUCCAAACAGGCACGGACCCAGCUUUACCUCCUUUGAUGAACCCAACGAUGCUUGAAGCUAGCGACGAUUUGACGAACCUAUCGCAUCUCAACGAACCUGCUGUACUGCAAGCCAUUCGACUACGAUAUCUACAGAAAGAGAUUUAUACCUACUCUGGUAUUGUUCUCAUUGCAACCAAUCCAUUUGCUCGCGUAGACUCGCUCUAUGUUCCUGGUAUGGUGCAAGUCUAUGCCGGCCGUCACCGUGCAACACAGGCGCCGCAUCUCUUCGCUAUCGCUGAAGAGGCUUUCACGGAUAUGGUUCGUGACAAUAAGAACCAGACGGUUGUCGUGUCUGGCGAAUCGGGUGCUGGAAAGACUGUCAGCGCCAAGUACAUCAUGCGCUACUUUGCAACACGAGAGGCACCAGAUAACCCGGGCGCUCGUUCAAAACGCGGCCCAGAGGCCAUGAGCGAAACUGAAGAGCAAAUUCUAGCAACAAAUCCAAUUAUGGAAGCGUUCGGCAACGCCAAGACGACCCGUAACGAUAACUCCUCCCGGUUCGGAAAGUAUAUCGAAAUCAUGUUCGACGAUAAGACAAACAUCAUCGGGGCAAAGAUUCGAACAUAUCUUCUGGAACGGUCACGACUCGUCUUUCAGCCGUCCAAGGAGAGAAACUAUCACAUCUUCUAUCAGCUUGUAGCUGGUGCUUCAGAGCAGCAACGCCAAGAGCUCAACAUUCUCCCGGUCGACAAAUUUGACUACUUGAAUCAGGGCGAGUGCCCUACAAUUGAUGGAGUUGACGACAAAGCUGAAUUUGAGGCGACCAAAAAGAGUUUGCAGACCAUUGGCGUUGCCCAAGAGCAACAGGCUGAUAUUUUCAGGCUUUUGGCUGGUUUACUCCACCUUGGAAAUGUCAAGAUCACUGCCUCCAGAAAUGACAGUGUGCUCGCUCCGACAGAACCUUCUCUGGAGCUAGCUUGCAAGAUCCUGGGCAUCGAUGCCACUGAAUUUGCCAAAUGGAUCGUCAAAAAGCAGCUUAUAACACGAGGCGAAAAAAUAUCUUCCAACUUGUCGCAAGCACAGGCAAUUGUUGUCCGCGAUUCCGUGGCCAAGUUUAUUUACUCCAGUCUAUUUGACUGGCUAGUCAACAUCAUUAACCACAGCUUGGCUACCCCGGAGGUGCUUGAUCGUGUCAAAAACUUCAUUGGUGUCUUGGAUAUUUACGGCUUCGAGCAUUUUGCCAAGAAUUCUUUUGAACAGUUUUGUAUCAACUACGCCAACGAGAAACUUCAGCAGGAGUUCAACCAACAUGUUUUCAAACUUGAACAAGAAGAAUACUUGAGGGAGCAAAUAGAUUGGACCUUCAUUGACUUCUCCGACAACCAGCCUUGCAUUGAUUUAAUCGAAGGCAAAAUGGGCAUACUCUCCCUCCUUGACGAAGAAUCCAGGCUUCCAAUGGGUAGCGACGAGAGUUUCGUCAACAAACUGUAUCAGAACUUCAGUACCGACAAGCAGCACCAAUUUUUCAAGAAGCCCAGGUUUGGUAAAACUGCAUUCACGGUUUGCCAUUACGCCAUCGAUGUCACGUAUGAAUCAGAAGGCUUCAUUGAGAAGAACCGAGACACCGUCCCAGAUGAACACAUGACAGUUCUCCGCAGUACCAGCAACGUCUUUUUAAGGGAAGUUUUGGAUGCUGCUUCUGCGGUCCGCGAGAAAGAUGUCGCCUCGGCGUCAUCGAACGCCGUGAAACCAGCUGCUGGGCGAAAAAUCGGCGUAGCUGUCAACCGAAAACCGACUCUCGGUGGUAUCUUCCGGUCUUCGUUGAUCGAGCUCAUGAACACCAUCAACAACACGGAUGUUCAUUACAUCCGAUGUAUUAAGCCAAACGAAGCAAAGGAGGCUUGGAAGUUUGAAGGCCCAAUGGUCCUCAGCCAGCUCCGUGCCUGUGGUGUGCUAGAAACCGUCCGAAUCAGUUGCGCCGGCUACCCUACACGGUGGACAUAUGAAGAAUUCGCUCUGCGCUACUACAUGCUUGUUCGCUCCAGCCAAUGGACUGCCGAGAUUCGUCAAAUGGCAGAUGCCAUCUUGACAAAGGCUCUUGGUACUUCCACCGGCCAAGGACUCGACAAGUACCAGUUGGGCUUAACGAAAAUAUUCUUCCGUGCCGGUAUGCUAGCGUUCUUGGAAGGCCUUCGAACCAACCGCUUGAACGAAUGCGCCGUCAUGAUCCAGAAGAACCUAAAGGCAAAAUACUACCGACGCCGCUUUUUGGACGCUCGAGAGGCCGUCAUCCGCAGCCAAGCGGCGGCCAGGGCUUACAUCGCAAGACGGAAGGCUCAAGAACUUCGCACGAUCAGGGCAGUCACAUCCAUUCAGCGGGUUUGGCGUGGCCAGAAGCAGCGAAAGUCGUUCUUGCGCAUCAGGAACGACAUGGUUCUGUUCGAAUCUGUGGCCAAGGGCUAUCUCCGACGAAAGGCAAUUAUGGAAGCUCGUGUUGGCAACGCUGCCCUGGUCAUCCAGAGAGCCUGGAGGUCGCGUCUUCAGAAGCGGUCUUGGAGACAAUACCGCAAGAACGUCGUCAUGGUUCAGAAUCUCUGGCGUGGUAAGAGCGCCCGCCGCGAGUACAAGAAGGUCAGGGAAGAGGCUCGAGACCUCAAGCAAAUCUCGUACAAGCUUGAAAAUAAGGUUGUCGAACUGACUCAGUCGCUGGGUUCUAUGAAAGAGAAGAACAAGGGCCUUGUUUCGCAAGUCGAAAGCUAUGAGGCGCAGAUCAAGUCUUGGAAGAAUCGCCACAACGCUUUGGAGGCUCGAACCAAGGAGCUGCAGACCGAGGCUAAUCAAGCUGGCAUUGCUGUAGCUCGCCUCGAGGCCAUGGAAGAUGAGAUGAAGAAGCUGCAGCAGGCUUUCGAUGAAUCCACUGCCAACAUCAAACGGAUGCAGGAAGAGGAACGCGAACUUCGGGAGUCGCUCCGCGUUGCCAACUCAGAGCUAGAGUCUGCCAAGCAAGUAAGCACUGAGAGGGACAAAGACAACUCCAGCUUAAGACAAGAGCUAGAGUCUCUUCGAGAUGCCUUGGAAGUCGCAAAGAGAAGUGUGCCUGUCAAUGGCGAGCUGGUGAAUGGGACAGCUCCGGCUCAGUCUGUGACGACUGGGCUCAUCAAUCUGGUUUCCUCCAAGAAACCCAAGCGCCGCAGUGCCGGAGCGGAACCUCGUGAUCUUGAUCGCUUCAGUGGAGCUUAUAACCCCCGCCCAGUCUCGAUGGCAGUCACCAGCACUGCUCACAGGCAAAAUCUAUCCGGCACGACAUAUAUUCCAGGUGUUGAUAAUAUCGAAAUGGAACUGGAGACUCUGCUUGCGGACGAAGAUGGCUUGAACGAGGAAGUCACUAUGGGCUUAAUACGCAACCUCAAAAUCCCCUCGCCGAACAGCAACCCCCCGCCAUCUGACAAGGAAGUACUCUUCCCAUCUUAUCUCAUCAACUUGGUCACUUCCGAAAUGUGGAACAACGGAUAUGUCAAGGAGUCCGAACGGUUCCUCGCGAAUGUUAUGCAAUCUAUUCAGCAGGAGGUCAUGCAGCAUGACGGCGAUGAUGCUAUCAGCCCCGGCGCUUUCUGGCUCUCAAACGUUCACGAAAUGCUGUCAUUUGUUUUCUUGGCCGAGGAUUGGUACGAGACUCAAAAGACGGAUAAUUACGAAUACGAUCGCCUCCUGGAGAUUGUUAAGCACGACCUUGAAAGCCUCGAGUUCAACAUUUACCACACUUGGAUGAAGGUCCUCAAGAAGAAGCUUCAUAAGAUGAUCAUUCCUGCGAUCAUUGAAUCGCAGUCUUUGCCCGGCUUCAUCACAAGCGAGAGCAAUCGCUUCCUGGGUAAACUGCUACAAUCAAACUCUCAGCCCGCAUAUAGCAUGGACAACCUCCUGAGUCUGCUGAACAGCGUCUUCCGCGCCAUGAAAGCCUACUACCUGGAAGAUUCUAUCAUUACGCAGACUGUUACAGAACUUUUGCGUUUAGUUGGUGUGACCGCUUUCAACGAUUUGUUGAUGAGGCGUAACUUCCUGUCCUGGAAGCGAGGUCUGCAGAUCAACUACAACAUCACCCGGAUUGAAGAGUGGUGCAAGAGCCAUGACAUGCCGGAAGGCACAUUGCAGCUGGAGCAUCUAAUGCAAGCUACUAAGCUCUUGCAGCUGAAGAAGGCAACAUUGAAUGACAUUGAAAUCAUUCAGGAUAUAUGUUGGAUGUUAUCACCGAACCAGAUCCAGAAGUUGCUGAAUCAAUAUUUGGUUGCUGAUUAUGAGCAGCCGAUCAAUGGCGAGAUUAUGAAGGCUGUUGCAUCUCGCGUCACUGAGAAGAGUGACGUCCUACUACUCCAGGCCGUCGACAUGGACGAUAGUGGGCCAUAUGAAAUUGCCGAACCUCGCGCCAUUACUGCCCUGGAGACUUACACCCCUUCUUGGCUGCAAACACCGCGCCUCAAGCGGCUGGCUGAGAUUGUGUCCGCACAAGCCAUUGCCCAGCAGGAAAAAAUUGACUAUGGGGAUGGUGACGAGUUCAAUCGCCCUGCGAGCAUAGCCGAGGUUGAUGAGCUAGAGAACGGGCCGGAGCAAUGA